AUGAUGACCGGUGGGAGCUACACGAACAUCGACCACCAGCAAGUCUCUGGAUCUGUACCUGCCGUUUCAGAUCCUGGCCAUGUCACCGUCAAAUUCACAGAAUCAAAUCUACAAACGUUUCCUCCAUCUGCAACUCAAGGGAAGAUCUCUGGUGGUACUAAUCCCCCUCGAGAUGCUGACGAUACAUUUUCUAGGCCUGUGAAUGGUACGGAAGAACCUCAGUCUGGUGGUUGGCUCCAUAAAUUCACAGUUGGUGCUUACAAGCCUUACUUCGAUGUGGACACCUCAGACGUCGUGGAGAGACUCAAAGAAUCGCUCUUUCCUUUCAGAGGAACAUUUACAGAAAAGACUGCCAACAACCCUGAUCUGUACGGGCCAUUCUGGAUAUGCACGACGUUGAUCUUUGUAGCAGCAUCCAUAGGAACAUUUGUUACAUACAUAGCACACAAGUUGAAGAAACAAGAAUGGAACUACGACAUUAAUCUGGUGACUUGGUCUGCUGGAGUGUUCUACGGUUACGUAACCGUUGUCCCUCUUGCAUUAUAUGUCGUUCUCAAGUACUUCUCUGCACCAUCAGGCUUAGUCCAACUCUUCUGUCUCUACGGAUAUUCCCUUUUCAUCUUUAUCCCUGCGCUGUGUCUCUCUGUUGUGCCACUAGAGAUCUUCAGAUGGGUGAUUGCGGGUUUAGCUGGAUUCAUGUCUGCUACAUUUGUGGCUUUGAACCUCAAAGCACAUAUUAACUCUGCAGGAGAGAGAUGGUUCUUGAUUGUCGUCAGCAUUUUUCUUCUGCAGCUCGCGCUUGCUGUCGUGCUAAAGCUAUAUCUCUUCACUGUCACCGUAUAA